AUGAUGACACCCCUAUGGAUUGUCGGUGCUCUUGUUCUCCUCUUCGCGUCCCUUACCAGCGCGCGGCUUCCUGAUGGAAGAUUGCACGCAAACAUGCCGCCCAUGCUUACGAUCCCUCAGGCGACAUCGCCGGAGGGUCCUGUAACGAGUCGGAACGGUACCACGAUCCCCCCAUAUAAUACCACAUAUUACUUCAAUCAACUGAUUGACCACAAUAAUCCGAGUCUCGGAACAUUUGUGCAGCGGUACUGGCAUACUUGGGAGUUCUACGAGCCCGGUGGUCCUGUUAUUCUAUUCACGCCUGGGGAAGUCAACGCAGAUGGCUACGAUGGAUAUCUCACGAACGGCACGAUCAACGGACGGAUUGCACAGCAGCAGAACGGCGCUACGAUUGUAUUGGAACACCGUUUCUACGGCUACUCGAAUCCUUACAACAAUCUCUCCGUUGCCAGUCUCCAGGUGCAUACUAUCCAGCAGGCGAUCGAUGACUUGGUAUACUUUGCAUAUAAUGUGGACUUACCUAUGCCGGGAGGCAAUCAUGUUACGCCCGCAGAAGCGCCCUGGAUCCUAAUCGGUGGUAGCUAUUCCGGCGCCUUGACAAGUUUCACUGUGGUCAACCAACCGGAUGUGUUCCGCGCUGCGUAUGCGUCUUCAGCUGUGGUUGAGAGUAUUGUCGAUUACUGGGGAUAUUUCGAGCCCAUACGCGAGUACAUGCCGCAGAAUUGCUCAAAUGACGUCCAGGCCGUUAUCGCAUACAUUGAUGAGACAUUCAUAAGCGGGACUACAGAAGAAAUAGAUGCGAUUAAGACGCUCUUCAAUAUGAAUUUGACGCAUCUAGACGACUUCGCCGGUGCUCUAAGGAACAAUCUAUGGGAUUGGCAGUCUCUGCAGCCAGAUAGUGGACCCGACAUGCAGUUCUUCCAGUUUUGCGAUGCGCUUGAAGUCAAAGACGGUGUCAGCGCGCCUAUCGAAGGAUGGGGACUCGAUUACGCCCUCAACGCAUGGGGAACGUACUGGGCCGACACAUAUUAUUACCUUAUUUGUGGGGACUAUUCUGCCGAAGAGUGCCUGGGAUCCUACGAUCCCACUCAGUCAUACUACACAGACAUCUCAAUCAAUAAUGCUGCGCGUUCGUGGGAGUGGAUCGUAUGCAAUUAUAUGGGCUUUCUACAAGAUGGUGCUCCCUUGGAUCAGCCUACCAUCGUCACCAGAUUGAUUCAGCCCAUUUACGAUGAGGCGAGUGAGGAGUCGCGGCAGUCUUGA